UUACAAAACCCUCAAUCACUCACACUUCUCUUGUCACGAAAACGCAACCACAGAGAGAGAGAGAGAGAGAGAGAGAGAGAGAGAGAGAGAGAGAAAAGAAGAAGGGGUGUUUUGUUUACUGUGAUUGAGAGAAGCGCACUCAAACAAACGAAGAAUUUGCAAAAUCAUGGCUCCGAAUCUGGAAUGUCGUAUGUACGAAGCGAAAUACCCUGAAGUAGACAUGGCGGUGAUGAUACAGGUGAAGAACAUAGCUGACAUGGGCGCUUACGUGUCGCUGUUGGAGUACAACAACAUCGAGGGCAUGAUCUUGUUCUCGGAGCUCUCACGCCGUCGGAUUCGGAGCGUGAGCUCACUCAUCAAGGUUGGGCGCAUCGAACCCGUGAUGGUUCUUCGUGUGGACAAGGAGAAAGGUUACAUCGAUCUCAGCAAGCGUAGGGUUUCUGAAGAAGACAUUCAAGCCUGUGAGGAAAGGUAUAAUAAGAGCAAACUCGUACACUCAAUCAUGCGACACGUUGCCGAGACCUUGAAUAUCGACUUAGAGGAGCUGUAUAUUCACAUUGGAUGGCCUUUAUAUCGCAAAUAUGGUCAUGCUUUUGAGGCAUUCAAAAUAAUUGUGACUGAUCCUGAUACAGUACUGAAUACUCUCACCCGUGAAGCCAAGGAAGUUGGCCCUGAUGGGCAAGAGGUGACCAAAGUGGUACCCGCUGUAUCAGAAGAAGUGAAGGAUUCUCUAGUAAAGAAUAUUAGAAGACGAAUGACUCCCCAACCCUUGAAAAUUAGGGCAGAUAUCGAAAUGAAAUGUUUUCAAUUUGAUGGAGUUCUUCACAUUAAGGAAGCAAUGCGGAGGGCUGAAGCUGCUGGAAAUAAUGACUGCCCUGUCAAAAUUAAACUUGUUGCUCCUCCACUUUACGUACUUACCACUCAAACUCUCGACAAGGAGCAAGGAAUAUUGGUUCUCAACAAUGCCAUUGUUUCUUGCACUGAAUCACUAGAACAACACAAGGGUAAACUUGUGGUGAAGGAGGAACCCAGAGCCGUGAGUGAACGGGAUGAUAAAUUGCUUGCUGAGCACAUGGCCCAGCUACGCCAAGACAAUGAGGAGGUCAGUGGCGAUGAAGACAGUGAGGAGGAAGAAGAUACCGGAAUGGGCGAAGUUGAUGUGGACAAUGGUCCUGGGAUAACGGAGUGACAAUAAACUUGUUGGUAUAGUAAGGCAUAGAUAGCACACCCGAGCUUUACUAAUUUUGUCUUUGAUUUAAUUCUUUUCAAACUGUUUUUAAAUGCGAUUGUAUUAUACCAGCUUAAAUUACUGUAUGUUGAGAUGUCUUGUAACUUGCAAAGCGAUUUUGGAGUUUCUUGAAGAGGGUGUUUAACCCAAACUAGCAGUUUACCGUCAUUUCAAAAAUGCUACCAUCUCUCCCUCUCUUCUCAUGCUAUUUACGUGGCUG